UCAGGGACGAGCUUUGGACCGAGACGCAGACCAUUUACUGGAAGCGCAGAGGCCGCUUAUCAGGCAGGAAAGCCCCUUCCAGAAGCCAGAAGCCAGGAGAGGACGGAUGGGCCCCGCCGGAGAGGUGAGUAAAUGCAAAGCAGCUGUGCUAUGGGAGCAGCAGCAACCCCUUUCCAUCGAGGACAUAGAAGUGGCCCCGCCGAAGGCCGAGGAAGUCUGCAUGAAGAUUUUGGCCACAGGAAUCUGCUGCACAGAUGACCACGUGAUCCGAGGAGCAGCGGUGUCCAAGUUUCCAGUGAUCUUGGGACACGAGGCGGCAGGGGUCGUGGAGGAUACUGGUGAAGGGGUCACCACAGUGAAGCCAGGUGGGCGACAAGUCAUCCCUCUCUUCCUGCCUCAGUGCCGAGAAUGCAGCGCCUGCCGCCACCCGAGGGCAACCCGAGCGUCAGGUGCGAGUAGGUCCCGUCACCUGCCCGCCCCUGCCCUUCAGCUCCUCACGGGCCGUGGGGUGCUGGCCGACGGUACCAGCAGGUUCACGUGCAGGGGCCAGGCCGUGCGCCACUUCGUGAGCACGAGCACUUUCACCGAGAACACCGUGGUGGAUGAGGCAUCCGUGGCCAAGAUCGACGCUGCGGCGCCUCCCGAGAAGGUCUGUCUACUUGGCUGUGCGUUUUCCACGGGCUGCGGAGCUGCCGUCAAAGUUGGCAAGGUGACCCCCGGCUCCACCUGUGCCGUCUUCGGCCUGGGAGGCUUGGGCCUCUUGGUCGUCAUGGGGUGCAAGUUGGCCGGCGCAGCCAGGAUCAUCGGGGUCGACCUCAACAAAGGCAAGUUUGAGAAGGCCCUGGCUGUGGGGGCCACUGAGUGCCUCAGCCCCCGGGGCUCGGCCAAGCCCGUGAGCGAGGUGCUGGCGGAGAUGACAGGCAACACUGUGACCCACAGCUUCGAGGUCAUCGGGUGUCUUGAGACCAUGGUGGACGCGCUGGCCUCCUGCCACAUGAGCUUCGGGACCAGCGUGAGGGUGGGCGUCCCGCCCGCCCUGCAGAAACUCACCUGCGACCCCAUGCUGCUCUUCACCGGCCGCACCUGGAAGGGGCGCGUGUUUGCAGGCUGGCAGAGCAGAGAUGAUGUCCCGAAGCUCGUGACUGACUUCCUGGCCAAGAAGUUUGAUCUGGACCCGCUGAUCACCCACGUCCUGCCUUUCAAGGACAUCAACAAGGGCUUUGAGCUGCUCCACUCAGGACAAAGGGACGUCCUUCCUUCUCCUUAGACGGCAAGAGGACAAACUUGGGAAAUGCAAGACAGAGGAGUGCUUAUCUGGUGGGGCCGGCAGGGAGACCUGACCUGAUCCACUGCAUCCAUCUCCACUACCAGGCAUGACCUUCCGUUUCCAUGGUAGCAAGGGGUGCCGCACCUUCUGGCUGCUUCCUGCUGAAUGGGGUUGUCUUGGGAGGGGGGGCUACUAUGGACAGCCUGCACUGGCGGGUGCCGCAGUUCCCCGCCUGCUGUCACGGCCUUGGCGGCGGUGUGGCAGCAGUGAGGUGUGCAACAGAUCGUAGCCCAAAAUAUAACAGGGAUAACUUUCUCCUUCCUCAAGAAGAUGACGUGUAGGGUACAGCCCUCACCGAAGAGGACCAGAGACUAAUAUGAAAAGUUACUGAGACACAGGUUUUCUCUAGCUCAUUCCAGUUCUGUAAAAUAGUAAACCA